AUGAUGUUUUAGAUUAAACAUAAUUCCUUAUCAUUUGAUAACGCUUCAACUUUGAUUAUGGCUAGUUUUUGGAUGAUUUUGAAGGCUUACUUAUUUAAUAAUGAAAAAUUCAUAUACAUCUCUUUAUUUUAAAUUACUAAAUCCACAGUCAUUUGCAUAGAAUCUUAUUUAUUUUUAUUUGCAAUUUUUAAUGUAUAAUUAUAAAUACCAAGCAGAAUAGGUAUAAAUCAAGGAAAAUACAUAUAAAAAUUAAGUUAUCACUUAUAACCAAUCUAUCACAAUCUAGUAAAUAUUCAGAUUCUAUAAUUUCAUGUAAUGAUUAAUGAUUGGAAAGGAUUAUUUUGUAUCAAAUAAAGUUUAUUGUAAUCUGAAUUUUCUUAUAUAAAUAAUAUCAGAAUAUUUUCUGUAAGUUUUAAUGAAAAAGGAGAUAAAUUAAUUAUAACAAAUUAUAGCAAUAGUAUAGUUAAAUUGAUCAAAAGAGGAACAUAUUGGAUGAAACAAAAAAUAUUAAUAUAGAUAAAUUAGGACAAUGAAUAAGCUUUAUUGGAAAUGAUUCAUUUUCAGUCUAACAAACAUUCAAAACAUAGGAUUUGUACAAAUUUAAGAAUCAAGGCUAUUAAUUAAUUAAAUUGA